CCAUGUUUCUAAACCCGACCCGACCCGUUUGGCCCGCUUUCUCUUCUUCCAAAACACUUUGCAGCGAUGCCAACAGCAUGGAGCAGCUUCUCCUCCACUGCGCAAACGCCAUCGAAUCAAACGACGCCACGUUGGCUCAACAGAUCAUUUGGGUCCUCAACAACCUCGCUUCUCCCGACGGUGACUCAACCCAAAGACUCGCUUCCUCCUUCCUCCGCGCGUUGAUUUCACGCGCCGCCACCAAAAGCCCCGCGUUGGCAUUUCUGUCCGUCGCUUCUGCCUCCCAGAAAACGCUUCACCGCUUCUCCGUCAUCGAGCUCGCGUCGUUCGUGGACCUCACUCCGUGGCACCGUUUCGGAUUCAUCGCCGCGAACGCAGCGAUCCUCGACGCCGUCGAAGGUUCUUCCUCAGUUCACAUCGUUGACUUGACUCUCAUUGUUAACUGCCACAUGAUGCUCCAUUACAUCCCCGACGAAACUCUAACUUCUUCGGGUCAUCCCAGUCCUCGAUCAGUUUUCUUGAAAGAGCUCAGAGAUCUAAACCCAACGAUGGUAACUUUAGUCGAAGAAGACGCAGAUUUCACCUCGACUAACUUUAUCUCCAGGUUAAGGUCUCUCUUCAACUACAUGUGGAUUCCUUACGACACUGCCGAUACGUUUUUGACACGUGGCAGCGAACAAAGGCGGUGGUACGAGGCUGAUAUAGGUUGGAAGAUAGAUAACGUGAUUGCCAAGGAAGGUGUGGAAAGAGUUGAGAGAUUGGAGCGAAAGAGCCGGUGGUUCGAGCGGAUGAGAGAAGCCAAGUUCGGCGGAGUUGGGUUCGGCGAGACGGCAGCAACAGAGGCUAAAACGAUGCUAGAGGAACACGCCGCCGGGUGGGGAAUGAAGAGAGAUGUUGAUGAUGAUGAUGACGUGGACCGUUUUGUGCUGACGUGGAAGGGACAUAGUGUUGUGUUUGCCUCGGCUUGGGUACCAAUCAAUGGGGUUGAUGAAUCUUAUAUAGAAGCU